AUGCCACAACCGUCUUCAUCGUCCACCGUAACUACUACUUCGUCCUCCUCUUCCUCCUCUUCAUCAUCAUUACAAUCAACACCAUUGCGAUCACUCACCACAACCUCCCUCUUGUCAAAUUCCAAUUCAUCAAUCAUGAAUGUUCUUUCUCAACAACAAAACUCUGCAUUAUAUCUCAAUGAUCCUUUAUUGAUUGGUUCCGAAGUAGAUUUGGAAUUAAAUCGAGAAGAAUUGUUUUUAAAUGCAGGACUUCUCUCGAAUUUAUCCUUUGUUCAGAAAUGUUUUGAUCACAAACAAGAUUUAUAUCCAAUUCAUAUGGAAGAUGCUAAUGCUCUUCAUCAUGCUUGUAAAUGGGGUAAUGUUCACAUUGUGAAAUACUUGAUAUCCAAAGGAAUAUCGAUCAAUGCAAAAGAUUCCAAUGGAAAUACUCCUCUUCAUUUAUCUUGUGAAGAAGGAUAUUUAGAAAUUGUAAAAUUAUUAAUCUCACAUCCCUCUAUUUGA